AUGGCGUCUCUUCUCCGGGGUACGGCUUUCAUAACCGGCGCGGCUUCAGGCAUCGGCCAAAAGACAGCCCUUUCGUUUGCUCGAAACGGCAUGACCCGCCUCGCUCUCACAGACAUCAAUCUCGAAGCCCUCGAGGCUACCAGAGCGCUCCUCCGCCGCGAGUACCCAAACACCGAGGUCCUCGCGCUCCCGCUGAACGUCCGCGACGCCUCGGAGGUGAGAUCCGGCAUCGCGGAGACGGUAUCCCGCUUCGGACGUCUCGAUGUCGCUGUCAAUAAUGCCGGAAUCGCGGGCGCGGGCCAGCUGACGCACGAGAUUGACGAGGAGGAGUUUAGUAAAAUUGUGGAUGUUGAUCUUUAUGGCGUGUGGCGGUGUCAGAAGGAGGAGAUCAAGGUUAUGCUGAACCAAGAGGAUCUCGGGAUGAGACGAGGACGCGGCGCCAUUAUCAACGUGGCCUCCAUAUUUGGCAUCGUCUCGCCUUCGGUGUUCAUGGCCCAGACGGCAUAUUCGACUGCAAAGCACGGCAACGACGCCAAUAACUACGGCCGUCGCGGCAUCCGCAUCAACGCCAUAUGUCCAGGCUGGAUCGAGACGCCGAUCAGCGACCGCUUUCCCCAAGAGGCGGGGAGCCCGCUAAGUCGGUAUAUCGAGAGUACGCCGCUACAACGUCUGGGACAGCCAGAGGAGAUUGCUGAUUGUAUUGCAUUUCUUGCCUCUGAUAUGAGUAGUUACAUGCAGGGGUCCGGUUUGGUUGCCGAUGGUGGCUUCACGGCGCAUUAA